CAGAGAAACACCGCUGUCACAUGGGAAGCAGAGUAUGAGGCUAUCCGCUAAAACAGACGCUUUUUAAAUGAACAUUUCUGUGUGUAUCUAGCUUUAAUAAAGCUUUCUCUUGAAGAGUUAACCUGUGCGACUUCAACACACCAUGGAAUCGGAAGGGAUGUCGCACCGUGCAGUCAGUUCAUCAGUAGAUGUGUCUCAGAGUGUUGAGGAGGACCCUUUAGUGGACGGACCGCUGAUCUCCCAUGAUGCCCUGCAGUCUGCUAUCAGGAGAGAAUUCACGACUCUCCCCACACACUGUCCUGCUGUCCUGCUGUUGCUGCUGCAGGUGGUGUAUGUGUCUCUGAGUGUGUGUGUUGCCAUAGUGUGUGUGUUGGAGGUUGGCCGGGAGGAGUGUGUCCGUGUGUUGGGUAAUGUUCGGGGGCAGAGUGUGGUGGUGAUUGGGAAGGUGUUUGUGUGGCUGUGUGUGUUGUUGUUUGGUGUGUGUGUUCAGCAUCACCACAGCCGAGUGAGGAGCAGAGGAUACCUGCGUUUCUACAGAGACAACCGCACCCUGAAACACCUGCCCUUCCUCAUCCACUCUGCAGGGAACACGGCGGUGUUGGUGGUCAUGUCAGCUGGUCUGCCAGAGGUGGAUCAUCUUCCUGUUUAUCUGCUGCUAGGGAUUCUGGGACUGGAGCUCCUGGUCUCUCUGCCUUGUCUGAUCAUCUACACAGUCAGGGUGGUGAGGUUCAACAGAGACAGAGCUGGUCCAGAUAUCAGUCAGGAGGAACCAUCUACCUCCUACAACACUACUGAGACUGGCUUCAGGUAUAUAUACACCUAACCCUGGACUGGCUUCAGAGAGGGCUCCAGUCUGGAGGAGGUAGUGGAGAAACAAGCUGAUCUCAUCGACUACCUGAAGCAACACAACACCUUACUGAGCAAGAGACUGCUCAACAUGACUGUUCAGCACUGA